CUUUUGGCCCAGCUCGCCACUCGGGAGACUCGAAGGCGUGAAGGGUCAGCGGGCGAGUUGUAGGUCAUGGCGGUGGCUGCUCGGCUGUGGCGCUUCCUCCCCUUGGGACGGGGGCUCGGCUCCUGGCGGGAACUUCCGGCAGCCGCGGGCAUUGCGGCCCCUGGCGACUCCGCGGCUCUGAGGUACCCCCGCCGUCCAGCUCUCGCUGCUCCCUACCGGGUAAUGGGAAACCCAGGAACUUUGAAAAAAGGCCUGUUAGUCUCAGUCUUGUCUUAUUUGGGUUUUGAAACUUAUCAAGUCAUUUCUCAGGCUGCUGUGGUUCAUGCCACAGCCAAAGUUGAAGAAAUCCUUGAACAAGCAGACUACUUGUAUGAAAGUGGAGAAACAGAAAAACUUUAUCAGUUGCUAUCCCAGUACAAAGAAAGUGAUGAUGCAGAGUUACUGUGGCGUUUGGCACGGGCAUCACGUGAUGUAGCUCAACUUAGCAGAACCUCAGAAGAGGAGAAAAAACUACUGGUAUAUGAAGCCCUGGAGUACGCAAAAAGAGCACUAGAAAAAAAUGAGUCAAAUUUUGCAGCUCAUAAGUGGUAUGCAAUCUGCAUUAGUGAUGUUGGAGAUUAUGAAGGCAUCAAGGUUAAAAUUGCAAAUGCAUACGUUAUCAAGGAGCAUUUUGAGAAAGCAAUUGAACUGAACCCUAAAGAUGCCACUUCAAUUCACCUUAUGGGCAUAUGGUGCUAUACAUUUGCUGAAAUGCCUUGGUAUCAAAGAAGAAUUGCUAAAAUGCUGUUUGCAACUCCUCCUAGUUCCACCUAUGAGGAGGCCUUAGGCUACUUUCACAGGGCAGAACAAGUGGAUCCAAACUUCUACAGCAAAAACUUGCUUCUUUUAGGAAAGACAUACUUAAGACUUCACAACAAAAAGCUUGCUGCUUUCUGGCUAAUGAAAGCCAAGGAUUAUCCAGCACACACAGAGGAGGAUAAACAGAUACAGACUGAAGCUGCUCAGUUGCUUACAAGUUUCAGUGACAAGAAUUAAGAACCUUUCAGAGAAGAAAAUACAUGAAAUAGCUAAUAAUCACGGCCUUUUUAUUGAGUUAUAAAGAUAAUACAUGAACCAU